AUGUCGGACACUGAAGAACAACAGCAAGCACAACAACAACAACAGCCUGAGCAACAACAGCCUGAACAACAACCCCAAGUCAAUGGAGCAUCAUCUGCGAUCAACGUGGUUCGCAAGAAGCUCACAGGCUAUGUUGGUUUCGCCAACCUUCCCAACCAAGUGCACCGCAAGUCUGUCAAGAAGGGUUUCCAAUUCACUUGUAUGGUUGUUGGUGAAUCUGGUCUUGGUAAAUCGACAUUGGUCAACACCCUCUUCAACAGCCAACUUUAUCCUCCAAAGAAGAAUGUUGAGCCAUCGCACGAGACUCCUCAGACCGUUGAGAUCCAAUCGAUUACUUCUGAUAUCGAGGAAAAUGGCGUGAGAUUGCAGCUUACUGUUGUCGAUACUCCUGGCUUUGGUGAUUUUGUCAACAAUGAGCAAAGCUGGAAGCCUAUUUUGGAUGAUAUCGAAUCUCGUUUUGAUGCUUAUCUCGAACAAGAAAAUCGUGUGAACCGUCGUCGCAUGGUGGACAAUCGUAUUCAUGCAUGCAUCUAUUUUAUUGCUCCUACUGGUCAUGCUUUAAAGCCGCUUGAUAUCGAAUUCAUGCGUCGCCUUCAUACCCGUGUCAACUUGAUCCCCGUCAUUGCCAAGGCUGAUACCCUGACAGAGGAAGAGGUGGCUUCGUUUAAGCAACGUAUCCUUGCCGACAUCAACUAUCACAACAUCCAGAUCUACCAAGCACCUACAUCUGAAUAUGAUGAUGAAGAGACCGUUGCUGAAAACCGUGAAAUCAUGUCCAAGAUUCCUUUUGCUGUUGUUGGUUCUGACAAGGAAGUCGAGGUUGAUGGCAAGCAAGUUCGUGGUCGCAAGUAUCCUUGGGGUGUCAUUGAAGUGGACAAUGAAGAGCAUUGUGACUUUGUCAAGCUUCGUCAAAUGUUGAUCCGAACACACAUGGAAGAGCUCAAGGAGUUUACCAGCGACAUUCUUUACGAGAACUACCGUACCGAAAAGUUGACGGCUAUGGGUAUCCAACAAGACCCCUCUGUAUUCAAGGAAGUCAACCCUGUGCAAAAGAUGGAGGAAGAGCGCACAGCUCACGAGCAAAAGUUGUCCAAGAUGGAAGCCGAGAUGAGAGCAGUAUUCCAAGCCAAGGUGCAAGAAAAGGAGCAAAAGUUGAAGCACUCCGAAGAAGAGCUUUAUGCUCGUCACAAGCAAAUGAAGGAAGCUCUCGAAAAGCAGCGUCUCGAGUUGGAGGAGAAGAAACGCCGUCUCGAGUCUGGUCGACCCAUCACCCCCGAGAAAGCUCCAAAGAAGAGAGGUUUCACCUUCAACAAGUAA